AGUAGGAUGAUCGCUUUGGCCUGCGCCUCUGCUCAACAAACACCGUCGAAGAAGAAAGAUGCGGAAGUAGCAAAGGUUCUCGACGCUUGAAAAAAUACGACUCCAAGGUGACUACGUGAAAUCCAGUGGAAACCACAUCGAAACGUUGAAAGAGUGGUAAGGGAGAUACUGUUUGGAGCCAACGACUGAAUCUUCGCACUUUUUGAAAUAUUGAUCAUGUCGGACGAGGAGCAACUUGGUCGAGUUAGAGAGGAGAACAAAGGUCAACGACGACAACUGCGAGCCGUUUGCGAGACUCAAACAGAGCUGCAUGACGAAGACCUUCGGCAGUUAAUUGGUCAUACAGAUGAAUCGCUAUGUGGAGGCUCCAGUCUGGAGCAUGUACAGCCCUGCCACAACAAAGAGGAAGAGAAGGAUUCACAGCCUUGCCCUGUUAAAGAAGAGGAGGAGGAGACUGUUGUCAGCAGGUUUCCACUGAUUGUUGGUUCUGUGGCGAGCCAAAAUAAUGAAGACGAAGCAUCGGAGUGGAGACAGCGUCAUCAUCAGAGUCCAAGUGGAAAUCACCAUGGAGGACCACCACCUCCCAAACUCUUUGGUCCACUGUCACAAAAAGAUAAAUGUGAUACACACCGUGAAGGUGAACAAUCGGGCUGUGAGAAGGAGACAAUUGCUAACAAGAACACUCCUGAAACACACAGAAGACGCCAUGCUGAUAAAGAACAGUUGCAGUGUUCGGGUUGUGGUGACUGUUUUUCUGAUGAAAGUAGUUUAAAACUACACAUGCAGAAACACACAGGAGACAGUUCAGUUUGUGGUGAGAUGUUUGCUAAAAAAGGAAAUGGGAAUGCACACACGGUAGAUAAACCUUUUUGUUGUGCAGUUUGUGGUAAAUGUUUUACUCGAAAGGAAAAUUGGACAGUUCACAUGAGAACCCACACGGGAGAAAAACCUUUCAGUUGCCCAUUUUGUGCUAAAACAUUCCUUCUUAAGGCAAACAUGUUGACACACAUGAGAAUACACACGGGAGAAAAACCUUUCUCGUGUUCUGUUUGUGAAAAAAGCUUCACACAUAAGUCUGAUUUAAAUAGGCACAUGAGAACACACACAGGAGAAAAACCUUUUAGUUGCGCAGUUUGUGGUAAAACUUUCCUCCAUAAGUCAAACCUGGUGACACACAUGAGAACAUAUACAGGAGAAAAACCUUUCUCUUGUUCCAUUUGCGAGAAAAGCUUUUCUUAUAAAUCUGAUUUGAACAGACACAUUCGGACACACACGGGAGAAAAACCCUUUAGUUGCCCUAUUUGUGAUAAAAGCUUUUCUUGUAAGUCUGAUAUGAAUAGACACGCCAGGACACACAUAGGAAAACUUAUCAAACUGUCAUAAAUAGUUUGAGUGUUUUGGGAUUGUUACAGUAUAACAAUUGCAAAGACAAUAACGAUAAAUGAAAAAAUAGAAGAACUUUUUUUGUUUUUUGUUUUUUUUUUCAAUAUGAGCCUAUACCAAAUGGUUACAAUGUCAAUUUGUGGUUGGACAAAACACUAAUUGCAAAAACAGCAUGGAAAUUGACAUUGUAUGCAGUAUUUUCAAAGACAAAAAAGACAGUGGGUAUUCAACGCACUGUUUCUUUCAGCGGAUGGAUGUUUUGUAGAAAAUACAAAUUACUAGAGUGAAGAUUUCUGUUGUCAACUUGACUGUGUACACUGCAAAAGCACAAAUGUAAUGGAAUUCUACUGUACUGUAUCAUUUGCUCUAGAAAUGAAUUGUGAAAAUUUGAUUUAUUUAAUUAAAACAUGCUCCAUCUCAA